GCACCAUGUCGACGCGGACGCUGCCGCUCCUCUUCCUGAACCUGGGAGGGGAGAUGCUCUACAUUUUGGACCAGCGGCUGCGUGCGCAAAGCAUCCCGGGAGAGAAGGCGCGCAAAGAUGAAUGGACUGAUGUGGACAGGAGACGAGUUAUGAAUGACAUCAUUACAACCAUGUUCAAUAAAAAGUUUAUGGAGGAGUUGUUUAAGCCACAGGAGCUCUAUUCCAAGAAGGCCCUGAGAACCGUGUACGACCGGCUAGCGCACGCGUCAAUCAUGAGGCUGAAUCAAGCCAGCAUGGAUAAGCUCUACGAUCUUAUGACCAUGGCCUUCAAGUACCAGGUUCUACUGUGCCCUCGACCCAAAGACAUUCUACUCGUCACUUUCAACCACCUGGAUUCCAUCAAGGAUUUUAUCCAAGAUUCACCCAGCAUUCUGAAUCAAGUUGAUGAAACCUUUCGGCAGCUCAUUGAUACGUACGGCUCGCUCUCUGAUGGCGAAUUUCAGCUCAUUCGGCAAACACUGCUCAUCUUCUUUCAGGACAUGCACAUCAGGGUCUCCAUCUUCCUAAAAGAUAAAGUUCAGAACUCCAAUGGCCGCUUUGUACUCCCAACCUCGGGUCCAGUUCCUUGGGGAACAGAGGUUCCGGGGCUCAUCAGGCUUUUCAAUAAUAAAGGAGAUGAAAUUAAAAGGACUGAGUUUGUUCAUGGUGGGAAUUAUCUCCUCCCACUCCGGGAAGGCUCAUUUGACCUUUAUGGAGACAGAGUCAUUAAACUGGGAACAAACAUGUAUAGCAUCAGUCGGCCUGUAGAGACACACAUGUCAGGAACAGCCAAAAAUACGGCAUCCCGUAGAAAGGAGACUGCCGCUCCCAACCCUCUGGCCAAAGAAGAGCUGAACUUUUUGGCCCGGCUGAUGGGCGGCCUGGAGAUAAAGAAGCCCCUGGGCACCGAGGCAGGCUUCCGGCUGAAUCUCUUCACCACAGAUGAAGAGGAAGAACACGCAGCACUGACACGCCCGGAGGAGCUCUCUUAUCAGGUUGUCAGCAUACAAGCAGACCAGGACCAAGAGCGGAAUGAGGAGCUGAGCCGCAUCAUGGAAGAGUUUGAGGUGGCAGAGCAGCCCAGGCAGAGCACCAGCAAGGGAGCUGACUUACUAGCCAUGAUGGAUGAGCUGUAAGCCCUGGCUUUGGGAAGCGAUGUCGC